AAGUACUUUAUUUGGAAGGAAACACGAUGCAAUAAAAAAAUGACUAGUUCAGUAAGAAAGCUUUUUUCCAUCCACCCUAGAUUUCUAAAACAUUCUCUUCUCUUAAAAGUUUGAUUAUGUGUAACACAAAUACAAUACUGUUUUCAUUUGUUAGUUGCUUUUUUUAAGUGUAGUAAGAUAAUAACAGUAAAGUGACUGUGAAUAGAUGGGUCUCAUUUCCUCACUAUUUUCUGAAAACUGCAAAUCCAGAUGAGCGUGUCAUAAUCUAAGUAGAAUACUGAAUGUUUUUGUCUUUAAAAGGAUUAUAUUUUAUCUUUUGAAAUGAUAGGAGUGAAAACUGUAGCAUGCUAAAGAUUCUGUUUCUGCUCCCAUAUGAUGAGGAAGCAGAGAAACAGAAAACACAGUGGAGUGUCUGCUGCAGUCACCAAUUCUCUCGGCUGCAGAAUAGAGUAAACCUUCUGGGAAGUUAUCUGACAUUUAACAGCAUGUUGUACAUAGGCAGAUGCUGAGUGAAGCUGGCUUUUUUUUGCUUGUUAAUGAUUUUCUUUUCUGACCUUUAUUACUAAUGCAUCUUCUUUAAGAAGCUUUUAAUGUGUGAAGACAAAAGGUUGUUUUUAUUAAUCUCUUACUUCUUUGCAUACAGAAACGAGAGGGAUGGUGCUGACUGAAAGGAAAUCUACUCUUUCUAAUGAAAAAUAAGAGUUCUGAAGCCUCCAAAGUGGUAAUCCUGGAGUGGUGCUGGGUUCUGGAGUUCAAGAGAAAAACAGAUGUUUCAAUAAUUCUCAUUGGCUUUGAAGCCUGCAAACAGGACAGCUUUUGUGACAGUGAGGUUGGCAGAUUUUCAGUCCAAAGACUGGGGAAUCAGACAACACUGAAUUUCAGAGUGGAGAACCAGAUCUUUACCCUGAAGCUGCAUCGAAAGCAGAUUGUGAAUUUUGGGCUGUGGCACUGGGAGAGGCAAACUCAAAGUUUGAGGAAUAAAAUUCAUCAGCUCUGGAGGUUGAUCAUGGAGAUCAAAGAGGAGAGAGCAUCAGAUGAAGCACAACAGUUUCUCCCUUCAUCACAAAUAGACAGUCUAGGAGAGCCACAGCUUACGAGUAUUCAGAGAAUUGCAAAUGAGCCAAAGCUGGAGUUCAGUCUUGCAUGCAAGGAUCUAGUGGCUGCUACCCGUGAUCGGAAGCUGAAUACGUUUAUACAAGUCUCAGUGGUACAUCCAGCAGAGCACGUUUUGACGAGGUAUUCAAGUACUGAAAUCGUGGAGGGAACAAGAGAUCCACUGUUUCUGACUGGUGUGACAUUCCCACCGGAAUACCCCAUCUAUGAAGAGACUAAAAUAAAGCUCACAGUCUAUGAUGUCAAAGAUAAAUCUCAAGACACGGUUCAUACCACUGUCAUACCUGAUCACAAGGAGCCAAGAGCAGAUGUUGGACGAAGCUUCCUGGGCUGUACAACUUUUACAGUAGGAGACUUGGUGAAGUCAAAGGAACAACAGUUGACCCUUACCCUCAGAACUUCCGAUGGUGGAAAGACAGUUGGUACCAUUGAAGUCAAUCUUGUGAAGAUGGGAGAACUAGAAGAUGGGGAACCAGGCCACAUCACAACAGAUUCACAGGAUCAAAAGUUCCUCUGUUUUCUGCCAUUGAAGUCCUGUUCACGUGGAUUUUUAAGUGCAGCCAGUGCCCAGAAUACUGAAAACCUGGAAAGAAUGGCAGACAGGCAAGCCAAGGAAGAGUGUGCAUUGGUUCGUGAGUGUACAGCACCUGAAGGCAUAAGUGGUAAAGACAAUUUGCCUUCAUUAAAUGCAGUGUUAAAAAACCCAAUCUGUAAGUUGUACAGAUUUCCUACUUCUGACAACAAGUGGAUGCGGAUCCGGGAACAGAUGGCUGAGACCAUCCUCUCCUUCCAUGUUCCUAAAGAACUGAUCAAUCUACACAUAAAGGAGGAUAUGAGAAGGAAUCAGGAGCUUAAAGACUUGGGAGAACUUGCACCUCACUGGGACAAUAUGCGCAAAAGUGUUAUUGCUCACUGCGAUCAGAUGUUGAGCAUGUAUCAGGAUACUCUUGCAGAGCUUGGAAAACAUACAGGUUCUUCCUUCAAGUCAAGCUGUAGCAAAGGAGAAAAAACAUUAGAAUUUAUCCCAAUAAAUCUCCAUCUGCAGAGAAUGCAUGUGCAUAGUCCUCGAUUGAAAGAUGCUCUGUAUGAUGUAAUCACCGUGGGAGCCCCAGCAGCACAUUUCCAGGGAUUUAAGAAUGGUGGACUCCGAAAACUGCUGAGUAAAUUUGAGGCAGAAAGGCGAAAUACUGGAUACCAGUGUAUUUACUAUUCACCUGAAAACACAGCUAAGGCAAAAGAAGUUCUCAGCAACAUCAAUCAUCUACAACCUCUCAUAUCAAGCCAUGCAGACCUUCUGCUUAAUUCUGCAAGCCAGCAUUCUCCGGACAGCUUGAAGAACUCUUUAAAGAUGCUUUCAGAAAAAACAGAGUUGUUUGUGCAUGCAUUUAAGGAUCAGCUGGUCAGAAGUGCCCUUUUAGCACUAUAUACAGCCCGACCUGGCUGUGUCCUCAAGAAACCAGCUGUGCCUAGAAACAGUGCAGAAGAGGGGGAUGACCUAAAGCAUCAGGAUCAUCCAUCUCAGGUUAAAAGACAGGACUCUAUACCCCAUCAUUCUGAAUAUGAUGAGGAAGAGUGGGACAGGGUGUGGGCCAAUGUGGGGAAGAGUUUAAACUGUGUUAUUGCCAUGGUGGACAAACUCCUUGAAAAAGACAGCAGCAAUGUUAAAGAUGGUGAAAUUGACCCCUCAGCAGCAGAUUGCAAGCAUGCAGGCGGUGACUGGUAUGAGCAGCUUUAUCCCCUGGUGAUUACGUUGAAGGAUUGCAUGGGAGAGGUGGUCACUAGGGCAAAGCAGUCCAUGGCGUUUGUUCUGCUCCAGGAGCUUGCCUGUGGUUUGCCACAAUGUUUGAUGCUGACCCUAAGGAGAGACAUUGUCUUUAGUCAAGCACUUGCUGGAUUGGUCUGUGGGUUUAUAAUCAAGCUGCACACAGGUUUACAUGAUCAAGGAUUUUUACAACAGCUUCAUACUGUUGGAUUACUUGUUCAAUAUGAAGGACUCCUAAGCACAUAUAGUGAAGAAGCAGGGAUGCUCGAAGACAUGGCUGUGGGAAUUUCAGAUUUGCAAAAAGUAAUGUUUAAAGUCAUUGAAGCUAAAUCAGAAGACUUUUUGCCUAUUAUAACUGGAAGGCGUGAACAUUAUGUCAUAGAGGUCCAGCUUCCGGCAAAGAUGUUUGAGUUGCUACCACAGGAGAUUAAAGAAGGAAAGCUACUUCGCAUGUAUCCAGUACUCUUUAAUGUUGGAAUCAAUGAGCAGCAAACACUUGCAGAGAGGUUUGGAGAUACCACUUUGCAAGAAAACAUUAACCAAGAAAACUUAGAACUUCUAAAAGAAUAUUACAACCUGUUUACGGAAAAAAUGCCUCCUGAUUGUCUACCACAUUUUCAAGAACAAAAUGAUUUAAAGGGAUUACUAGAAAAUCUUCAUCAAAAUAUCCAGGCCAAAAAGAGGAAGAAUGUAGAAAUCAUGUGGCUGGCUGCGACGAUUUGCCGUAAGCUGAAUGGAGUCCGCUUCACCUGUUGCAAAAGUGCCAAAGACCGGACAUCCAUGUCAGUGACGUUGGAGCAGUGCUCCAUCUUAAGGGACGAGCAUCAGCUUCACAAAGACUUCUUUAUUCGAGCACUGGAUUGUAUGAGAAGAGAAGGAUGCCGCAUAGAGAAUGUACUGAAGAAUGUCAAAUGCAGAAAGUAUGCAUUCAACAUGAUACAGCUGAUGGCUUUCCCAAAGUACUACAGACCUCCAGAAGGGACAUAUGGAAAAACUGACACCUAAGUUUAACAAAAAAUGUAAUCAGGAACAUAUACCAUGCUAAUUAGUGAAUAUAAAAAUUGCUGUUUAUGACUUAAUAAUUUGGAAUGUGUAACCAGUUGAGGUGUUAUUUCGUGAGGUUUAACAUUUUAAAAGUAACAACAGUUAGUCAUCAUGAAAUAAAAUAUUGGUGAUGUAGAUAUGCUCAAAACCAAAUACAUUCGACUUAUCUUUGUGAACUUGAAGCUUAGCAUGACUCAUCAACCAGUUGGAAUUAGGUCUUGGGGAAGCUUGAUGGAAGAUUAAAAAGGGAAAUGUCAUUUGCAAUAGGAACUGAUCUUAUUAUCAGUCUGGAGGGGAGCAUUCAGACUCUGAACCAAAGCCUGAGAUUUGAAUGAAAGGAUCUCUUCCUUCCUGAAAUGACAUUUUCUGGUACUGGCAAAGCAUUGAGGUCAUGAUCAGUAAUAAUCAAAUCCUCCGUGGAAUUUUUCAUGAAAAAUGCAACUCUUAAUACCUAGGCUAAAUACAAUUUUGGUCAUUAUGUUUGUCUUCUUUAUAUAAGCAUGGUUACUUCACAAUAUAUUUUUAUUAAUUACCGCCUGUAAUUUCAGUAAUUGAGUUCUGGUUUGUUGCAGUUCAUUUGGAUGUAUCUUUCUUGGCUUUCUGUAUCUGAGCCAAAUACCACUUGUUUCACUUAAGCUUGCACAUAAAUCACACUGAAAUCAGAGGGAUUAAUUCUUCAAGUAACUUCUACCUAACCUGUCGUGUUCCUGUUCACAGUAAACCCUUAAAACUAAAUUUUCCUUAGUGAUAGGUAAAAUGACUUGUAUAUGCAGGCAUUAAUGUAUUGUUAGGCUAUAAAAAUGUGUUUUUACAGCAUCUGAGAGAAAUGUUAUAAUUACAGUAACCUCUUGUAUUAGGACUAGUUAGCUUCUGCAGCUGAUUUAUAUGAAAUUUGUAAUGCUUAUUUCUAGGAUAUUUCCAGCAGUUCUAGGAUAAAGAACAGCUAUGAGCUUUUAAAAAGUGAAUGGUAGUGCUUCUGCCAGCUUGUGUUAGUCCUGAAAUGUGUCCUGCAAAGAAUGUUUGUGUUUUCUAAUUUUCUCUAUUUAUUGCCUUCUUCUGCCCUCCCCCAGAGAGAAACACAGUUAACAAAAAACAAGUGUCCACUGGUUACUAACCUUUGUGUGAUGCAUUUAUUUUAAGAAAAAAGUAUCUAGAGCAGAAGUGUAAGAGUUAUACUCAAAUUAAACUGCAUAGGGAAUUCGAGUAUCUGUAGGAAAUUGUAGUUGCUAUGGAUGAAGUGUUAAAUGUGGGCUUGCUUCUAUAGAAGUCCGAGAAAUCUUGAUGCAUAGUGAAUUAUAAUUUUUUUUUUUCAUCUAUUAAGACCCGUUACUGGGUAUAAUUCUGUAACUGUACUAGUAAAAAUUACUUGCUUAAGCACCUGAUUGUGCAAGCUCUAUUUGGUAGGUUACCUAGAAAUUAUCUGUUGUGAAUAGAAUUAAACCCUCUUGUACAUUUGCAAGAUGAGGCAAGAUGAGGAACAUGUAGAAGUACAUCAGGAAGGGAUUUCCUUUCCAAUGCACUGACUUCAGUGAAGCCAAGAAUUCACCUACACAACAUAUUUUCCUAAUUGGAACAUUUUUUCAAAGUGAAGUAGUUCGUUCAAAAAGGACUUUUGUGCAGUUGUUUCUUAUUCAUAUUAAGUCUCCAUUAGAAUAUUGUUUCACAAAUGACUUCUUUGCUCUUCUGGAACAGUAGAUGCCAGAAGAGCUAGCAGUGCAUCAUAGGCAGGUGAUAUUACAGUGCUAUGACUUUUCCUGUCACGUACCAGUGGGUGCUACUUGGUGAAUGUACGGAUAAAAUUGUGUGCAUUUAAGUAUUACACAGACAGUCUGCACAAAAUUUUAUUUGUAGGUUUGCGGAGCAUAAAUCUUCCUAGGAAAGCACUGUUCUGUUCUGGUGGUCUGACUGCUACUCUAUACCUCACUUUGUUUCUGCUGUGUUUAUUGCUAACUUACAGAAACAAUACAUAUACAGCUGAGAAAUAGUGGUAACUUCUUUAGGUACCUCUGAAAUAAUCCCAGUGAUACACAGUAGAAAUGCUGGCCUUCCUAAAGUGAUUCUGAAACUGCCUGUGAAAUCCUAGGCAAAGACAGUAUUCACUUGUGGGUACUUUUGUUUCUUACAGUUCUUUAUCCCAGCCCCAUGGGAAUUCUGUCAAAUUCAAAAUAUGAAGAACUAUAGAUUUCUUUUUAAUUAACAAAAUAGUCUUUCAAGAUCUUGCCCUCAGCAUUUAAUCUCGCUAGGGUUCCAAAUUAUUUUGACUAUAAUGUUACCUUUAUAUUUAAAACGUUUUCAUCGAUGAAGCUGUGCUUUUGGGGGGAAAAAAAACAACCACCUAACACAUUGCAGUUCUUUUUAUUGUAACAGGUACAUCCAACAAACUUGAUUGGGCUUGGGCUAUUACAGAAGAGCAGGUUGGGUUUUGUUUUGAAUAAGGCUGAGCUAUUUCACACCAGUGUUUUCAUUGGAACACAGUCUUUUUGUAGAUCAUUAAGACUAUUUCAAAACCUGACGCAAUUCCAAGUGUCCCAGAAGAGCUUUAUUACUUCUGAACUGCCUCCUUCUGUACUGAAGGAGGCUUAACUAUUUCUUCGUUUUGUCAUUGCCUGCCAUGGGUUCUACAGCAUUUUAUUCAUUCAGAGCCAGUCUCGUCAAAACAGGGUUGUCAAUUAAUCAGGGAUUCACAACUUGUGUUUUUCUGGUUUGUCUUUUAUAAAGAAAGAUCUUUUUGCUGCAGGUUGACAGUUUAAUUGAAGUAUAUUCACUCUGCACAGAAGACAUUUUAAGUCGUGUCUGUCUUUUGAAUGCCCAGCAGAGGAGCUGAAUCAUCUCCUGAGGUCCAUCUUGCAUGAAUCUUUGUAUAUCAUUGAAUUACACAGGAGUAGAAUUCAGCAAGUAAAUUUUCAUUAGAAAGCUACACUGUUUGCACAGAGUUAGGGGAGACAUACUCAUUUAGCAGCACGUGUAUGGGAAGUGUCCCAUAUCUGUUUGGCUUAAAACACUUUUUUUUUCUCCUAGAUGAUUAUAAUACUGUUAGAAUUAAUACAGAACACAUACAGACUUGAUAUUAUUAUUACACAGGCAGAUCUUUUUGCUUCUGAAGUCUUUUUUGGGGGAAUUUUUAAUAUGUUUUUAUUACUGUUUAUACUUUGGCUUUUAUGGAGCAAUUAGGAAACAAAUUUUUAAUUGUUACUUGAUUUUGCUGAUGUGUACUUAUGCAUUUUAGUGGAAUGCUGGAAAACAUAUGUGUUAAGAGGAACAAAAUAUACAAGAGGACAGCUGAAAGAGACAAACUAUUACCUGGAAAAGAACCUUAAUGAUGAUAAAAAUUAACAAAUGUUAGUUUUUGUACUGUUCAAAUUUUGGCAUUUUUCUUAAAAUAGGGACAUUAAUACUUUGUGUAAAACGAUCAAUCUGGAUUAAAAUUCACUGAUUGUAAGUGAACUAAUGUGCAAUGGUAUUUUAAAUAAUCACUAAGAAUUUAGGUACAAAGUGGAAUGUAUUAAUUUGAAGCCCACUGCAUAUUAUGCCUAUUUUGACUUCCAGAAAAGAAGCUUAUUCCUAUUUUUAUCACAAGUUCCAAGAAAUGCUAUGGCCAAUUUAUGAAAAGCAGGAAAUGCAUUUGACAGCAACAGGUAUAAUACAUAAAUUGCAUUAAAAACUGCAGCAAAAUUACUUGUGUGAAUUAAUGUUUGUAAUCAAUUAACAGACUUAAAACAUAUGUUGUGUGAGUUGGCUAUGUUAUAAACUCGAAACAAUGAUAUCUUUAUAUUUAUGCCUUGUUACUGUGAAAAGGAAACGUUUUGUACAGGCAAUGCCGUGAGACAUGAAUUUGCUUCUUACCUUUCACUCAUUUGCAGCUUAAAAGGAUACAUUUGCAUUCAAAAUGCUUUAACAUAAUUUACAGCUUUUUAAAACAGUCUUAGCUUGUAAACUGGAUGUUAAAAAGCAAAAACUCACAGAACUGCAUUUAAAAACAAGCAAACCAAAACCAGACUUCAGUCUCUGGAAUGGUGAGAUUUUUCCUUAGUCAUGCAACCCACGAACUGUUGUGUUACCAGAGCAUUCAGUUCAGGCUCUGCAGCACUCAAGUGCUUCUUUCUCUUAGUGUCAUCUGAAUAAGUAACAUGCCACAACAAUGUAUUUCAGCAUAAUACUCACGAUUCAGGAUGAAAAAUUUCUAUUUGCUCAAAAAGAAGAAUAAGUAGCAAUUUAAUAAUUCAGAAUUAAAAAAAAAAAAAAAAAAAAAAAGAAAUUUGUGAACCAAUGUGUCCAUAUUCCAAAGAGCAGAAGCAGAAAGCACGGGAUUUGUUUGCUAACAGGGAAAAAGUUUUGAGUGUAAUAGUUGAGUGCUCAGAAUCUGGGGUUUGGAGUGGUGAGAUUUGGGACAGUGCUGCUUUAACUUGGAUUUCUAACUGCAGUUUUCUGUAUUCUUUCCAUCUGUCUUGCAAAGGGCUUUAAAAGUUUUAACAAUUCUGUUUUGUUUAUGAAGGGUCUGGCUUCAAAUUUUCUAAAAUCCCAAGUUACUUUGAUACUUGUCUUCAUUUGGUGUAGCUGUUCCUUGUAAUGUUCAUGUCUCACACUCUCGUGCACAUGGGGCUCAGUAUAACAUUACCAGGAUUUCCGUCCAGAUUGUGUGUGCGUGUGUUCAGAGAAAUAAAGCACAACGAAGCAAUUCAAAUCUUUUUAUAUGUCAGGAUUUAGCAUUUUUGUUUCAUUGCUGUCUGUAAGCCAUGCUCAUUGUACACUGUGUGUAUAUUUUUAUUUAAAUAAAUGUGAUAUUUAUUUUUUAUGUUUCUGACUUUUUUGUUACUCAUUUUUCAUUUUCAUGACAGUGUUAUUGCCCAGGAGGCAAGCCGUGCGUGAUGCUGAGAGUGGGUUCCCUCCUUAAAUAAUUGGAGUAGUCUUGUCGCUGCUAGGAGCACACACUUACAGAAAGCUCCAGUACAGCAUUAAAAGGCCUGAAAUGGCCAUAAAUUGAUUAUUACCAUUAUUAUUCCUAGUGUUACUGCAAUUUUCAUCUCAGAACCAGGUGGAUUAAAACCAAACAAAACAUUCACACACUCCCAAAGUAACCCCUUUCACGUAACUAUUCAUCUGUAGACAAUUAUUCAAUGUAGCUCAGGUGGAAUCAACAUUUUUCAUAAUGAAGACCAUUACAAAGGUGAUUUGGCUGCUCUUUUGGGAUUGUGAAGACAAUUCCAGACCUUUGGAAAGGUGGAUCUUUUGUUGGGAUCCAGACUUAUUGUGUGAUCUAACUACUCCACAAUAGGUAAGUUCUCGCUGAAAUGCAGUAGAGAUUUUCUUUUUGGAAUAUAGUAAAGUAUGUCUUACCUUUUCUAUUCUGUGGUUAGAAGCUUAUAACACCAUUUACUUUCUGCAUUUAUGCCUGUAUAUUUAGUUGCUUUACAGUGAUUAAUUCCUUGAGAUGCUAAUUACCUGCAAGAUUCUUGGUAACCUUUAAAAAGCACUGGGAACUAAUGGUUACUGUGGUAGUAAGUUAUAAAACAGCUGUUAGCAUUCAGCUUAAAAAAAAAAAAAUCUGUAAUCUGUCUCCUACUAAUAAAAAUGGCAGUAUUUUAAAAAGUAUUUCAUAUUAUUUUUCAUGCUUUCAGAUUUUAUCUUCUAUGUCAACUAAAAAACCCUGCUUUUUCAUGAUAAUAUAACAGAAAAAAAAAAAACACAGAACUCUAAUGGGAGUGGAAUACUAUGAUAGUAAAAAUGUAUUAUCAUCAUUUCCCUUUCCAAGGUCAUUUGGGGCCAUAUUUGAGAUUUCUGAAUCAUAGUCAACUGUGGUCUGCACUGGGGCAGCCAAUGUUGGCACUGACAAUUUCUAAUGCAAUUGCUUCUACUAGUCGAAUCACUGAGAGCUCUGCUAUCCACCUCCUGGUGAGUACUCUGUGGAUCUCAGCCUUUAGUCAUUUUGUGGCUGCUACUGUUAACGUGAUGAAGGGCAACGAGGUUCUAGACAAUGCUAGACAUUGUCUAGACAGUGCACUGGACCGUGCUUUUCUGGCUUUACCCAUGUAAGUCUACGCUUUGAGUUUUUGUGCAGGCGAAGAACUGUCCUA